GCACAUUCUUGGAGUGGAUCUGCAUUUCAGAAAGUUAACAGGUGGGAGUACAUGGAGUACCACAUUUUAAGUCGAGGAGAAGAUGGUGCCUGCUCCAUGAUGAUGCCACCAGCACCUACGACUUCCUCGACCACCACCACCAUGAUGACGACUUCCUCGAAUGUGGCACUGCGUCACUGCCUCAGUGAAGGCUUGCCCUGCCUGUGAUCCUCUUGAUGUUUCUCUCGAUGCACUGAGAUGUCAAUGAUUGCGGUUGUGAUGCUACUCUUCUUGAAAUCUUUGCAGAUUGCAAGGAAAUCAUGGCAACUGUUGGGAGUACACAAUCGUAGCAUUUUGCUGCGUAUGUCGAAGGCAGAUGAAUCUAUAUGCAAUGCUAUAGCCUGGUGCCCUUUGACUUUAUCUUGUCGGUUGGCUAAGCCCACUUGAAGGUUGGCAAGCUCGCGUUGUCAGGCUAUGUCAACGUGAUACGCAAUUCAUGAGUGGGCUAUGUACGGUAAGGGUUCAUUUUCCUUAGAACCUCUCUCUUUAUUGGAGAAAUGGAGCCAUGUUAUUGGUCGAGGACGUUCCAGCGACCUUACAAAACAAAUUGCCAACUGAAAACAGGGUCCUGGGUCCAUAGCAGCAUAUUUUGUGUCCAAUAGAGGCUUGAAACAACACAGAUUCUUGUGGGGCUCUAUCUAAUAGGCUGCAAUGUUCAAAGGUGAUAUCGUUCUUCCCAACCGAAAUCUUGCGAGACGUCACUUUUGACGGUAAUCAUAGUAGUGGACAAAGUCACAUCAGGUGCUGUCUUUGGGACUUGCAUUUUUAGCUUCUAAUCACCAUUCCUGGGAAGUUCCUGCGCAUCUUUGUUUUCCCCUUUUAAAUUUAAAUAUGAUGAUUUGUUUCAUCAUCUCUUUGCCUUUGUGUUUGUGCUCCCCAUUGUCGCAACUAAGAAAUGAUUAGCUUGGAAUCACCCAAAAAUACGUACUUACCGAUAAUCCUGACCCCGGUUCAUGGAACAAAGUGGUAGGACCUGUUGUUGAUGUGUAGUCAGUUGCAAGUUGAGCAUAGUGCCUGUAGAGGUGCCGAGAAAAGGCACAUCUCCUGGUGUGCUGGGGCAUGGUUUAAGGAUUCCAGUGGAAAAGUGGGAGAUUUCCCAACUUGCUCAUGUCUCCUUGAAUUGUCUUAACACCCAUUGCUAUGCAGCUGUGGUUGCCAGCUUAUUUUACUAUUAUCACUACAUAAAUAUUUUCCAUUUGUGCUGUGCAUUCAUAAUCGAUUGAGAUUCUCAUCCUCCGUGCCCUGUUCAUAACACGGAGAAAUCAUAUAUGCUUGCCAGCUUGUUUUUCUGUUGUAGUUUGUGGCAAUGGUGGAUGACACUCGUUUGCGAGGUUUGGUCGUGCUGCGAAUGAUGGUAGAGUUUUAACAGUGCGUCUGCAAGUAACUAGGAAGAUGGCACCAGCGAGAUAGAUUUGUGCUAUGACUUCCCUUUAUGGUUGGAGUCAUGUAGAAUGGACUUUGGGUUGGCAUUCCGCAGUUUCUCUGGCUACUGUUUGAUUGAGUAUGUGGCUCAGAUGAGAUGACCUUGUUAGUGCCGUCAUGGGAAAUCUCGAGUUGAUGUCUCGUGUCAUCGUGAAUCCGAUUUGAGGCGAGAGUUGACUUGCUCGGCCGGCGCGUAUAAAUACAUGGCCGCUGAGACACACGUCAAUCAUUCAUCACUCGCUCUUACGCACACACAUACACACGCGUGCGCACUAGGCGAUGUAUCAUCAUCACUCCUCCUCUUCUUCUUCUUCUUCAUAUACUUGUCAGGGAAGCAAUGGCUUCCUCCCUUCCCAACCGUCGGCGUCAAGCUACGGUGAUCUGUUGCAAGCAGAGCAGCACUGCUACUACUACUCCCAGGAGCUGCAGGGCCAGGCGCCGCCGUUCCGCCGUGUGCUGAGCAACGGAGACCUCGGGGCGCUGCCGCCGGCGCCGGCAACAGCAGCGGCUGGGAGGUACAGCACGGAGGAGCGGCGGGAGCGCAUCGAAAAGUACAGGAGCAAGCGCAACCAGCGCAACUUCCAAAAGAAGAUCACGUACGCUUGCCGGAAGACGCUCGCGGACAGCCGGCCGAGGGUGAAGGGCCGCUUCGCGCGCAACGUCGACUACGAUGCAGUCACAGAUCAGCCGGAGUUCACAGCGGCGGAGGUGUCCUCGAUGAUGAGCGAAGCCAACGUUGUCGUGGGUGCCGCGGACGCCGCCAGCAGCAGCAGCAGCAGCAUGCCGGAGUGGUGGCCGGCAAUGCAAGGCGCGCUGGCCAUGGAGGACGACGAGCUUUACAUCGCCGUCUCCUCCAUCAAUCUCUACUAGCUAAGCUUGCUAGAGGCGGACCGGAUCACCUCCAACGGUGCUCGUUGCACUUGUUCUGUGUCCCAUAUCCUGUUGCAUCAACUCAAACUACGACGCCAUAUUUCGUAAUGUUUAGAGGCGGACCGGUCACCUUCUUCUUGUUCUGUUAAUUAGUUGGAGUGGCUCAUGCAUCCUCUGCAACUAAAUGUAGUAAGUACGUACUAGUAAUUUUUACAGAGUAUUUUUUUUUU